AUGGCGAACAAUAGCGGGGGCUUUAACGACGCGUUUGCACGUCUCCACGUGUCCGAGAAGUCCAUCGAGGGCAAUCAAAUCACUACUACGACGAUAUCGUCACCUUCAUCCACAAGCUAUAGGGAUGUGACACAACUAUUUCGGCAGGCCUGUCAAGGUCUGGACGUGGGGCAGUUGGUAAAAGAUCCAAACUUCACUCUGUUUGAGGCAGUCGGCGCUUUGGAGAUAAUGGACCCGAAGAUGGACAGCGGCCUGCUUAAACCGGGCGAAGAUGAUACCCCGUCGGAACUAUAUCAACCUGUGCUCCCCGAGGAAAUCAUUGGCAUAAUGGAUCAAUUACUAUCGAGCGAGAUGUCAUGGCAUGACGGCGCUGCCUUGUCGCAAACCGUUUUCACCUGCUUGUAUAUCGACAAUUUACUGAGUUUGAACCCCUCAAGCCUCGAAGAAGCCAAGUUCAAUCUACCACCUUCGGAGACCCAUCAACCGGGAUCCCCAACAUAUCAACUGCUCCACGUAGUCCUUCGAGCAUACUGUGUCGGUCUCAUCAAAUGCUGCGAACGUGUCAAUCUCCAGAUUCUUGCUGAGCAUACUUACGAGGAAGAAGACUUCGUAACACAAACCUAUAACGUUUCACUCUUAGACUUCAUAACCGUCGCCGAGAUCAAUAAACUUCUAGUCUCUGCCAUUGAAUAUGUCGAUAGCACCGCAGCGCCAUGGCCUAAUAACAUCAAAAUGGCACUUAAGGCCCGUCUAGCCUUUCGAAAGCUAUUUCUCACGGAAUUAUCUCGAGAUGUCAAGGAGAUGGUUGACAAGCGCUCGAAUUGGGAUGGUUGUAUAACCUUGCUAUCAACUAUUGGCAUUACACGGAACCUAGGCACAGCUGUUCCUUCAGUGUUCAGUAUCGCUGUUCAGAGGAAACUAGCUAGCACAGUCCCUCCGCGCCCGAUAGUGCAGAUUCCGUUCGAAGAGGCAUUCACUAUAGUUUCGAGGUUGUGUAAGGAUGCCAAGGAGAUCUUGAGGGUCUUGACUUACUCUGGUGCUACGAAUCUUAUGACUUUCUUUCUCAGAUUCACCGCUCGCAAGCCGCAGCCGUCAACAUAUGUUAGAUCACUCUUACAAACUUUGUUUUUCAGUAAUCAUGUGGCUUUGGGUCGUAUGCAGAUAAGCCAUAUCCUCCUCGAGGACGUCAAAGAAUUAUGUCUACCAGCGGAUGACCUUUUUGAUCCUCGAAAUGAACUUUCUGAAAUGCCAUCAGAUACUCGGUUUCAGAUCCACCAGCGGAUGAAAUGGUUCGUUGAGCGAGCCGGAAAUUCGUACAUUACCCUUUACCGAACUAUCUGCCAGAAUCGCUCGAGGCUAAGAAGGAAUCUUUGCCACCUAAUUGUUGACUGGGAUGCAUUGCAAAUAGAGUGCGAGGAAAUAGACGGGGAAUUACAGCAACUUAUCAAGGAAGAGCCUGUUCUGCAUAAUGAUAAUAUAUCCUAUGCGUUUUCACUCUCUUCAUGGGUUUAUCACUAUAAAUUAAGGCAAAUGGAAUGGAUUAUCUUCCUGGGAUUUGAACUGGAGGUUUAUUUACCUCAUGAAUUUGCCGGAAUGUACUGGUAUCUUCAAUACUUCUUACGUACCCGCCUGCAACAUUUGGAACGGAUACGGCAUUUUGUUCACCCAGGAGUUGCCGUGGAUUCUCCAUUAGCAGCCACGAGAUCAAAGGAGUGCAUUGCUUCAGCACAGGAUAUCGCGAAUGCCCAAGCUACAGUGAACUUCACCUUACUUGAAGCCGCCGCCCUGCAGGAACUUUGUAGCGCAAUGAUUUUCUUGUACACGGCACUUGCAAGACUUGGACUUGUGAAGACGCCUCCGCAACCUUAUUCUACUGAUGUUAUGCGGUAUGAAUUACGGAUGAAGCCAUUUUUGACAAUUGGAUGUCCAGAUGUUGUUCCCUUUGAGGACUUCAAGGCUCUUGUCGAUAACCCCGAUAUCGAGACAAUCGAGAUGCUCGAGAUGGCGUCGGAAAACACAAAAGAGGGGAGGAAAAACUUCGAUCUCCUGAGUAAGAUGAGCGCCACUUCUUCGCACGCAUUACUCUGUGAAGAAGGUUAUCGCUUGAAUUUGAGAGAGUAUCUCCGUUCUUGCAUCGGGGCAGGUGUUGCUAUUGUCAUGCUAUUAAAAGCGAUUAAAACGAAUACGGUAGCAGAUGCCGAAGUUGAGAUUGACCAAGGGUCCUAUCAUCCUUGGUUCCCCAUUCCUAGAAUAUCUUCCAAAAAACGUCCACCACUACCGGCUGUGCCGCCUACAGGGAGGUAG